AUGGCAAUAGGCAUUAUUUUGGGAAACUUCGUUCCCAGCACUGGGCCUGCGUUGCAAAAAGGGAAGUUUGUGGGCGUUUCAGUUCCUAUUGCUGUUGGCCUGCUUGUCAUGAUGUACCCCAUUCUCUGCAAAGUGCGCUAUGAGGGCUUGCAUCAUGUUUUUAAAACCCGUCAGAUAUGGAUCCAGAUUGCAUUCAGUAUUGUUGUUAAUUGGAUUAUUGCUCCAUUUUUCAUGUUGGCGCUAGCCUGGGCUUUCCUCCCAGACGAACCUGAGCUACGUCAAGGGCUCAUCCUGGUCGGACUAGCACGAUGUAUCGCCAUGGUCUUAAUCUGGACUGGCCUCGCAGGCGGCGACGGCGAAUACUGCGCCAUCCUUGUCGCCGUUAACUCCCUCCUCCAAAUGGUCCUCUUCGCUCCCAUGGGCGUCUUCUUCAUACAAGUCAUCAGUGGUGAUAGCAUAGUUUUCCAAUAUUCCACAGCCGCCAAAAGCGUCGCUGUAUUUCUCGGCAUUCCGCUGGGCGCAGCGAUCCUCACGCGCUUCACUCUCCGCUGGGCGACAAGUCCCCGAUGGUACGACGAGGUGUUUCUGAAAUGGGCUAGUCCCUGGUCUCUCAUUGGCCUUCUGUUCACGAUCUUAGUGCUGUUUGCGUCGCAAGGCCGUCAGGUUGUUCAUCAGAUUGUCUCUGUGAUCCGGGUGGCUGCGCCGCUGAUUGUUUAUUUUGCGGUUAUUUUCUUUUUGACUUUGCUUGUGACAUAUAGGUUAGGAUUUGGUUACAAGCUUGCGACGACGCAGAGCUUUACGGCUGCUAGUAAUAAUUUUGAGUUGGCGAUUGCUGUUGCUGUUGCUACUUUUGGGGCGGACAGUAAUCAGGCGCUUGCUUCGACUGUUGGGCCGCUUAUUGAGGUUCCGGUUUUGUUGGGCCUUGUAUAUGCUGUUAAGUUUGUGGCGCAGAGGUUGGGUUGGAGGGAUUAA